AUGCUCCCCGGGCUACUGCUGGCCACAGUCGGUAUCCUUAUGCAACUGCCAGGGAUGUUAACCUUUCAGGUGUCCAUCCAGGCCACGGCAGUAACAGAAGAUAUUUCUGUAACUCUGCUUAUUCUGUUAAGAGCUGUUGACGAAUCCCCUCAGAAAAAGAUAUUUGAUAUCAUUUAUCCACGGAAGCAACAUUCCCUACAUAAGAGAGAUGUGCAGGAAAACCAGAAGCCCCAAAAGCAGGAAAGGUAUGAAGAUCGGGUGCAGUACGAAAUCAACUUAAAAGGAAAAACUCUGAUCCUUCAUUUGGAAAAAAACAAGGAGUUUCUGUCCCCAGAUUAUGUGGAAGUUCAAUAUUCAUCCACAGGAGAGGCAGUCUCUUCAAGCCCUCAGAUCAUGGAAAACUGCUAUUACCAAGGACACAUCAUGAAUGAGGAGAUGUCUACAGCCAGCAUUAGUACCUGUCGGGGUCUGAGGGGAUUCUUUGAACAUCAGGAACAAAGGUACCUAAUUGAACCAUUGGGGCUGGCAGAACAGGAAGAGCAAGAGCAUGCUCUGUACACAUAUGAAAGACAGGAACAGAACCUUCCUGAGACAUCCUGUGGAGUGGAUACGAUAGAAGAAGAUCUGGUCUUGGAGAAAACUAUAAGAUCAGGAAAUAAUGCUGUGAAACUAGAAGACAUGAAUCAAAAGAAAUAUAUCGAGUACUAUUUGGUUCUGGAUAAUAAAGUGUUCCGAAAGUACAACCGAAAUCCAGAAGAAAUAAGGCAGAGGGUUUUUGACAUGGUCAACUUUGUAAAUAUGCUGUAUAAAAAGCUCAAUAUCCAAGUGGCUUUGGUGGGGAUGGAAAUAUGGACACAUGGAAAUAAGAUAAAAAUAAGCCCUAAUGCAAAUGUGACUUUGGAGAAUUUCUCAAAUUGGCGAGGGGGGAUUCUCCCUAAAAUGAAGCGCCAUGAUGUUGCCCAAUUAAUCACUGGGAUAGACCUCAGUGGACCCAUUGUGGGCUUGGCAUUCAUGUCAACAAUGUGCUCUCCAUACCACUCUGUUGGCAUUAUACAGGACCACAGUUAUGACCUCCUCAGGGUUGCAGGAACAAUGGCUCAUGAAAUGGGCCAUAAUUUCGGAAUGUUCCACGACACCUAUGUGUGCAAGUGCCCUUCUUCAAUAUGUGUGAUGGAUCGGGCACUCAGCCUUUACAUACCCAAAGACUUCAGUUCCUGUAGUCGCAACAGCUUCGAGAAAUUUCUAAGAACAGCAUCCCCAAGCUGCCUGAAGAACGUCCCUUUACCUACUGACAUAAUAUCCACCCCAAUCUGUGGGAACCUGCUCAUAGAAUCUGGAGAAGAAUGUGAUUGUGGAUCCCCAGAGGAAUGUACCAAUGUUUGCUGUGAUGCUGUAACAUGUAAAAUCAAGCCAAAUUUUAAGUGUGCAUUUGGAGAAUGCUGUGAAAACUGCCAGAUAAAAAAGGCUGGAACAUUAUGCAGGCCGGCAAAAGAUGAAUGUGACCUGCCAGAAAUGUGUGAUGGCAAGUCUGGGACCUGUCCCAAAGAUCGAUUCCGAGUCAAUGGAUUUCCCUGCCAAAAUGGGCAAGGUUACUGUCGGAUGGGACAAUGCCCAACCUUGCAGGAUCAGUGUGUCAGUCUUUGGGGAGAAGGGGCUCAAGCUGCUGAGAGGUCCUGCUUCGACAUAAACAAUGUUGGUUCAACUUAUGGCUACUGCCGAAGGGUGAAUGACAUGCAUAUUCCUUGUAAAACAGGGAGUUUUUUGUGUGGCAAGUUAUAUUGUUAUGGAGGAUCGGAUGUUUUGCCCUGGAAGGGAAAGAUCAUGUCUUUCUUGACCUGCAAAACAUUUUCACCAGAAGACAACAACCAAGAGGUUUCUAUGGUGGCCAAUGGAACCAAAUGUGGAGACAAGAGUGUAUGCAUCAAUGGAGAUUGUAUAGACAUCGAGGAUGCCUACAAGUCAUCGAACUGUUCUUCAAAGUGCAAAGGACAUGCAGUCUGUGACCAUGAGCUUCAGUGUCAGUGUGAAGAAGGAUGGCUACCUCCCAACUGUGACAAUUCCAUCAUUGUUUUCCAUAUUUCCAUUGUGACGGGCAUACUGGUCGCACUCUCCAUCAUAGUUAUCAUUGCUGCAAUUAUAGUUCGACAUCAGAGCACAGCUAAGAGGAAAAAAGUUCAGAGCCAAUCCUGCCCCACCUCAGGCUCCAAAUCAAGGCAAUGGAAAUCAAAGAGACAACGGGAUUUACAGAGUACUCAUUCCCAUGAGAUGGGUCCAAUCAGUCCAACUAUGACUACACCUUCAAUGGAAAGUAAUACUCCACCACUUUCUCUUGGCACAAAUCCCAAAGUUUGAAUCACCUGCACAAGGAUGGAUGAACAAUCCAGAAGAUAAGACAGGAAUCUGGAUGGAAGAAAAGACCUUCAUUUUUCAAGACCGAUAUUCUGGUGGAUCUUAGUAGAUUAGAUAUUCAAUCUUCAAGAGUAACAUGCCCUUAUGGAACAAUGGUGGGAUUGUCAUGAUGCUCCACAGUGAUACCUUUUGGUAAAAAAAAAAAAAACUAGGGCAAAAAAGAAGAACCUGGCAUAGAGUGAACUGCUGAUUUAAGGGACUGGCUGGCUUCCUGGCCCACAAGAGAUGGGAGAGGGUGAUAAUACUCAAAGCUUGAAUGAAAAGUUAGGAAUGGAGAAUGAACCUGUGAUUUCAUUAGUAUAGGGAACUCCUAGGUGAGUAAAUUCCCUUCAUUAACCAGGUGAGCAUUUUUUUUUCUGCCAAAGAAAAUCUUAAAGAGUUUCCUAGAUUGACGCACACCUAACACUUUAUACCAACAUAAGAUUGAAAUGGAUUCAUGAUUUAGCCUCAAAGAGUGAUAUUUUAAGCAAAUUAGAAGAACAAAGGAUAGUUUUUCUCUCAGAUCUAUGGAGAAGGAAGAAAUCUGUGGUCAAAGAAGAAUCUGAGUACAUCACUGAAUACAAAGUGGAUAAUUUUGAUUAUAUUAAGUUAAACAGGUUUUGUACAAACAAAACCAAUGCAGACAAAAUUAGAAGGGACUCAAUAAACUGGGAAAAUAUUUAUAUUCAAGGGUUGCGAUAAAGGACUCAGAUUUAUAAAAAUUCAAGUUAUUCUCCAAUUGAUAAGGAUAUGACAGUCAAAGGAUAUGAACAGGCAAUUUUCAGAUGAAGAAAUUAAAACCAUUUCUAGUCAUAUGAGAGGUUUUCUAAAUCAUUAUUGAUCAGAGAAAUGCAAAUUAAGACAACUCUGAGGUACCACUACACAUCUCUCAGAUUGGUUAAGAUGGCAGGAAAAAGAUAAUAACAAAUGUGGGAAAAUUGGGACAUGAAUAUAUUGUUGGUGGAAAUGUGAACCGAUCCAACCAUUCUGGAGAGCAAUUUGGAACUAUGCCCAAAAGGCUCUCAAACUGUCCAUACUCUUUGAUCCUGCAGUAUUUCUAUUGGGUUUGUAACCUAAAGAGAUAAUAAAGAAGGGAAAGGCACCCACAUAUGCAAAAAUUUUGUGGCAGCCCUUUUUGUAGGCAAGAAACUGGAAACUGAAUGGAUGCCCAUCAAUUGGAGAAUGGCUGAAUAAAUUACAGUAUAUGAAUGUUAUGGAAUGUUAUUGUUCUAUAAGUAAUGACCAGCAGGAUGAUUUCAGAGAGGCCUGGAGAGAUUUACAUGAACUGAUGUUAAGUGAAAUGAGCAGAACCAGAAGAUGAUUAAACACUACAAUAGCUAGAUUAUACGAUGAUCAAUUCUGAUGGACAUGGCUCUUGUCAACAAUGAGGUGAUUCAGACCAGUUCCAAUGGUCUUGUGAUAAAGAAAGCCAUUUGAUCCGAGAGAGAGGAUGUAGGAACUGAAUGUGGACCACAACAUAGUAUUUUUACUCUUUUUGUUGUUAUUUGCUUGUAUUUUGUUUUCUUUCUCAUUUUUCCCCUUUUGGAUCUGAUUUUUUCUUGUGUAGCAUGCUAUUUGUGGAAAAAUGUAUAGAGGAAUUGCAUAUGUUUAACGUAUAUUGGAUCAGUUGCUGACAGGGUGAGGUGGGAAAGAGAGGGAAAAAUUAGAACAUAGGAUUUUGUAGGGAUGAAUGUCAAAAAUUAUCCAUGUAUAUAUUUUGAAAAUAAAAAGCUAUAAUUUAACAAAAGAGUUUCCUAGAACACAGAACUUAUGUAAUUUAUCCAGGAUCACAUAGCCUAGGUGUUUCAGAAGAGGAACUUGAAUACACAUCAAGGACAGAUCUCUCUCCACUAUACAUUGCUGAAUGUAAAAAAAAGCAUAACCAAAAAAUAUCUCUGUCGUCCUUGAUGGUGACUUCUGCAUAUUGCUCCCUAACGAGUCAAAUGAACUGGGAGGGCUAGCCCGUGGUUAAAGAUGACAUUUGCAAUCUUGACAGAAAGCCAAUGUUUCAGACCCGGUGAUGUCAUAAACACUGUCAGAUAUUAUCUUUUCCCAUAGAAAAAAGUGAGGAAGCCCCUUUAGUUUGACACCCUCACUUUGGAGGGGAGAAUACUAAAAUCCAGAAAGUUUAAUGGAUUUGUACCUCCAAUCUCUACCUCAAAGGCUUCCUCCAAAGCUCAGCUCAGGUGCUACUUACUACAUUAGGCCUUCUUCAACCUUUUCUUAUUGGUGCCUUCUCUCCCUUGAAAUGGUUGUAUUUGUUGUUAUAUACUUUAUAUUUUCUUUUCCUUGUAUGAUUUCCCUUUAGUGAAGUGUAAACACCCAAGGACAUGAACUGUUUCUCUUUUUGACUUUGUAUUCUGAGCCCUGACAUGAUAUCUGUUUCAUAAUAGGCACUUCAUAAAUGCUUUAUUGAAUUGAACUGAAUUGACUUGAGACAAUUGACCAGAGUAAGCUUAGAGAGCAAUGGGAAGAAUAAGUUUCAAGCUUAUGCCUUCUGAUGCCAUAUUCAAUCCUUUUCCCAUAAAUCUAUGUUGUCUCUCAAUACUCAUGUAUACCCAAGAGUGUAGAAUCAACAGUUCAUUAAAUCAGCUUUCCCUUCAAUUAAUGUGAAUGAGUGAGAUUUUAUGUUAUAAUUCUAAGUUUCAAUACUAUGAAUAAUGAUCACAUUUUAUAUGAAAUGAUGGGUAUGAAAAUUUACAGGAGAAUAAGCUGUUAAUGCCCCAAUAGUCAAAGAUUUUUUCUGGUGCUAGAUUUAGUUUCAAAGCAUUUGCUUUUGUUAUCUUGAUGAAUGGCAGUUUUUCAAACCCCAAUGAAUAUUUUUUUUCUAUACCUAAAUCUAAUAAUUAGUUAUAGAAAAUGAUGAAGGUUGGGGAAGGGCAAAGUAUCCUGCUCUAGCUCUUUCCAGCCCACAGGAGGAGGUGGCUAUUUAGAUAAGUGGGACAAUCUGUGAGGGGAGUAGACUUGGGUCUUUCCCCCCUGUCAGGGACCAACAUGUGGCAGUGAAUAUCCUAAGCUCUUGCUUCUUUAUUUUCAUACUGUUCUGUUUUUAAGUGAAAGAAAUUGAAGAUGUAAUCUUAUCAGUUUUGAAAAGCCAAGAGAAUAAGCCCAUCAUGCUCCUGAGGUUGUGCUGGGAUUUGUUAAAUGUUGAAAUCUGAGGUCCUAAGCAAACUACCCAGAUGAUUAGUAAAAGAUAUGAAGGACCAUAUAUCCAUCUUUUCACAUUUGAAAAUUAAUUUGUCUGAAUUCUAUGUAGGAACUAUUUUAAGCCCACUGUCCCCAGACAGGAAUAUGUUUCCCCAAACUCCAGGCACUGGGGAUUCGAUUAUAUUUCCUUAUUUUUCAGUUAUGUCCAACUCUUCAUGAACAUAUUUGUUUUGUUGUUGUUGUUAUUAUUGUUGCUUAGUUUUGUUUUGGGGUCUGUUGUUGGGAUUUUUGGGCAAGAAUACUGGAGCAGUUUGUUAUUUCUUUUUCCAGUUUAGUUUAUACAUGAGGAAAUUGAGGCAAACAUAGCCAAGUGACUUGCUCAGGGUCAGAAAGCUAAGUGUUUGUGCCUACAUUUGAACUCAGAAAGAUUAGUCUUCUUGACUUCAGGUCCAGCACUCUAUCCACUAUGUCACUUUCAUUUCUUGCUAUAUUUCUUCAAUAAACAUCCCUUUGUUAAAACUAAGAUGUGAAGUGAGACCAAUGCACAGAUUCAGGGACAGGGAAUAAGUGACAGAGACUAUGAGGUUCUUACAUACCUUUAAUACAUAUUCAUGUAUAUUACCAUUGUUUGUGAAUAAGUAUUAAUGUAUAUAAUUAUUGUACUACAUAAGACUGUUAAAAUGUUAAAUAUAAGCUAUUAAUAAAUAAUUAGUAGUAAGAAGACUACUAUUGCUGUUGCUAUUCACUAGUCAAAUCAGUAAGUAUUUAUAAAGCACUUAGUAAGUGUGAAGCACUGUGUUAAGCAUCAUGGAUUUAAAAAAAAAAAAGAAAAGGAAUAUAGUGCUUCUCCUCAAGGAUCUCAUAGUGUAAUGAGGGAAAGAACAUGGAAAAUCAGGUAUAUAAAAGAUAUAUAUUGAAUAGAUGUAAGGUCAUUUUUAGAAAAAAAAAACAAAA